AUGAACAUCGCCAUGAGCACGAACGUAGAGUCUUCUUCAACCGAGACAGCUUCUCUAUCACCGACACCUUCACCGAAUCUCCUUCCCACCCCAGACACCGCCAGUCUCCGAUCCUGUUCAGGUAUCUCCACCAUCUCGAGCGUCUCUUCCUCUUCCAGUGCCUCGUCCGCUUCCCGAGCUAGUGCUUCUCGAAGGCGUGGAUAUGUCAGACCACAAGGGGCUCAUUUCGCCGAAUCGGCCAAAAAUCGAGAAAGUGUCAUGAGUCUAGGCAGCAUUGCCCAUCUCCAAUACUACUUUGCAAGAACCGGGUUACUAGAUGGAAAAGGCGGGCAACUGGCCAAAAAGAAACAGAAUGGAGAAUAUGAUCUACCCAAAUCAUCGCUAGGGGGAAACCAGACACCUGUCGAGUCCCCAGUUGAUGAUGAGGGUCAAGCAAUGUGGGAAGCCGCUCAAGAAGAUGGAGCCGAUGUGAUGCUGCCUCCCACCGUUUCAACGUACAGCCACCGGGCGAACAACGUUGCUCCCCCUCCAGAUCAGAAGACCAUGAAGAGAGCGUUGGUGGAGGCUCUUGAAAAUGCAUUACAAGCUGUCGAGUCUUGCGAACGAACUGCGUACGAGAACCCGGAGGAACAAACUCAAGGAUUCCACGAAAUCCAAGGGCUCCACGUGCUUGAUACGGCUACCCAAGCAAUUCGUGCCGCCAGAUUAUAUUACACCCUUCAUCCGAACCCACAAAGACUGAAUUCGAUCAGAUCGGAUCAAGAACUGAGGAAAGAUCUUUAUGCAGUACUGGAUGUUCUGAAGAAGUGUGCAGCUCGAAACUUUGCCGGAGGUUUCCGAGAGGAUGAGAGACUGGCAGUCCUGGUAUGGGUGAGCGAUGUGGGGAUGAUGAUUGACAAAGAGGCCAAAUUGGAAGAGACGGACAAGAAAGAAAGAAAGGAUUGGCACUGGAUGGAUGAUUCGAAAUGGACGGACAGAGACCGGGAACGCGAUAUCAACUUCCUCAACUUUCUCUUAAAGGGGCAAUGUCAGAACCCAGCCGACGGACAUCUUGACAACGACCCGGAAUAUUUCCGAAGUCUCGCUGAUGGGAGGGAUCUUGUGCAGAUGCACAACGCAGCCGUCAAGCGAUCAAAGAAACAUUUCGACUACAUCCAAAGCUUUCAUGAAGACAUUGCCAAGCCAUAUCGACGAGCCGACAAUUUGCGGUAUUGGCUGAAGGCGGCGGAGUUGAGGUGGGAGCUGCGGCUGAAACUGGACGUUAUGGCUGUUGCAAAUCCAGUCGAUACUGCGCCCACAUGGUCGUCCUUCGAGGAUGUGAUUCGACAAUGGUGUCGUGGAGUACGUGCAGAACUGACCAAAGAUUGGAAUGGCGAAGAAGAGCGGAAAUUACAUGCUCGCGCGCGGAGUCUUGCGAUGGCUAGUCCGCUCUCGAGUCCAGCACGAAGAGGCUCUCCAGCUCCGCCCCUUCCCAGUCCAUCGAAACGGAUGAUCGCUGCCAGUCCUCUGGCAAGUCCGUCAAAGAGGUUUAAUGCUUCUACUCCACCAGAAAGCCCAAGUCGAAAGUCAGUGCUAGCGUCCUGCGAUGAGGAGCUGUGA